AUGACCGGAUACCACAGCCAAGCACGAAAGGAACACCUCGCCUCUCUAUCCCAAGCAAUCUCCGCCGAACUACUAGAUCCUUUCACCCAAACAAUCAGCAUAAAGAAACACAUCAUCAUCUCCAUCUCAGACCCCCUAACAGCAUUCCCCUUCUCAACCCUCCAAUUCAAACACAAACCCCUAAUCUACCACGCAGCCAUCUCCCAAGUCCCAAGCCUAACAGUCCUCUACCACCUCUCUCAACACAAACACCGUCAAAACGACACACUAACAGUCUCCGUCUUCGCCAAAUCCCCAACGGAAGAAUUACCCAACCAAACUCGCGCCAACGAAGAAUCGAACCUCCACAUGGCCUGCAUAGAAGCCAUAAACAUAGCACGCACAUUCCAAACCUGGCCAAUCGAAGCCUCAACUCUAACCCGCCAAUCCUUCCGCCAACACGUUGAAGGCGGGUCUUCGAUCUUGCAUAUCGGCACACACGGCGAUCUCAAUCACCGAAAUCCUCUCCUCUCGUCUAUAUCCAUAGGCCACGGACAGGAUUUCCGCGUACUUGAUAUGUCAGCCGUCAGGAGUAAUGUCAGUCUUCUUGUCUUUGCGGCUUGUCAAAGUGGUCUUGGGAAAGCGACCGUCAGUAGCGAGGUACUUGGUUUCUCGCAUGUUGUCCUGAGUACAGGGUGUCAGGCAUAUAUCGGUACAUUAUGGAAAGUGAGCGAUUUCGGAUCGAUGAUGGUUAUGACAGUUUUCUAUCGGCUGCUGAAGAGGAAGACAUUUCUUUCUGUUGCGGAGGUUAUGCGCGAAGCACAGUUGGAGGUGUUAGGGCUUGAUUGUGAGAAGGCGGGUGCUCUUUUAGAUGAUAUUAUGGGGUACCGGUCUUCGCCUGAUAUACUAGGUCGAGUUCCUACGGCGUUUGUGCCUGAUCCGGAGAUUUUGUUGUUGACUUUGAAGAUGAUUCUGGAGCAAUUGGAUUGGCCGAGUCCGUUCUAUUGGGCGCCGUUUACGCUGAUGCUUUAUGGCGAUUUCCGGUUUUUGGGGGCUGAGGAAUAA